GUCCAGAACCGGCUCAGCGGGGACUCCUGUCCGUGGGCUCAACCGCGCCUCAGCUCUGCUACACAGUCUGACAACAAAAGACAACAACUUGGAGGGUGUUUCUCAGCGGAGUUACAGCUACAGGGUUGAACUUAACAGUGGACUGAGAGAGAGAACAGUAAAGUGGGAGGUCCGGUCUGAGCUGAUGGACUCUGGAUGAGAUAGAGCUCAGAACUACUAUAACCUCCAUCUCCCCAUCAAUCCUUCACUCACCCGUCUCACGGACCGGCUCCUUCUCUGUCCGGAUGAUGUAACUGUGUUUUAUGACAAGAACUGGGCUCGGAAGUAUCCUCGAAGUGCUCACAUUUUCCUUUAAUAUCAGCGCGCGGUGAUAUCGGACGGCAGCACCGCAUCCUCUGCUUCUUCCAGGAGUCCAGGUUUCAGCGCAUCUCAGCCGGCUGUUCCUCCGGAGGAAGGUGAGCUGCUGGUGCAGUCAUGUGGCAGAGGAUUCAGAUUUGUUGGGCACUGUUUGCACUGUAUUCAGCGGCACCGCCUGCACACAUCAACCGCCUGGCGCUGUUCCCUGACAAGAGCGCCUGGUGCGAAGCCAAGAACAUCACACAGAUAGUCGGGCACACGGGAUGUCAGCCUCGCUCUAUUCAAAACAGAGCCUGUCUGGGCCAGUGUUUCAGUUACAGCGUCCCCAACACGUUCCCACAGUCCACCGAGUCCCUGGUGCACUGUGACUCCUGCAUGCCUGCCCAGACACAGUGGGAAGUGGUGACUCUGGAGUGCCCGGGCAAUGAAGAGACUCCGCGUGUGGAUAAGCUGGUGGAGAGGAUCUUCCACUGCAGCUGCCAGUCCUGCAGUAAGGAGGCUGGCCAGGAGGGGGCGGUGAUGCAGCUGUACCCGGCAGACAACGUUGUGGACGCUCCGUCUUUAUCCGACACUCUCAGUGGCGCUCAGUCUCACCCUCUGCCCCCGUCAGACACACACUCUAACAAGCAUGCUCACCCACACACAGACCAUCACACACUGCCACACACAUCAGACGGAGGGUAGGUAGGUACGACUCUUUACGCUGCUCCUCUCUUCCGCCCUCUACUCUCCUCCACACCGCAUCCUUUGUACCAAUCUGUAGUAUUAUAAAGGCACUUUGAAAAUAUGGCUUCACUUUGUGUCAAAACGUUUCUCUAAAGGCACACACACACUCUCACAAAGUCAUGCUAUCAGAUUACACUCUAUUGUAUAUAAACUCGUACAAACACACCAGCCUAUGCACUCUUUUUGUUUGCUGAUUAAACAUGCAUCCAGACAUGACUAUAGUCUGUUAAGAAGCUGUAGUCUCGUUACUUUUUUAUCCGCUUUAAUGCAAUAAAUUCUGUUGUUGUGAUAA